AGAGAGAGAAGGGAGAAAGGGAAAAAGAAGAGGAGAAAGAAAGGAGAGUGGGAGAGAAGAAGAAGAAGAAGGAAUAUCUACGUUUGUAGCGCGUCGUUGCUAAAGGAGAAAGAUCCUCAUUCGGUUUUCAGUCACGUUCACGCGGUGCUACUCUCUCUUUCUCGCGUUUCCUUUCAUUUAUUAUUUGUUUCGUUUUCUUUUGUAUGCGUGUUAAAUCUCUUGUUGUAUUAUAUUUAUACUAACAAAUCGAAUAUAUCGCACCUAUACUAGUAGCUGCUAAGAGUAUCCUUUUUGACGAACGUGUUAAAAGAAAGGAAGCGAGAAAUAAUCGGUGUUUGCCAUACGCGUUUUACCAAGAGUUUUAAGAAGAAGAAGAAGGGGGGGAAAAUAAAUCUAAAAGGAGGGGUGGGGGUUGAGAAGGUAAGGGAAAGGAAGGAAGAAAAAAAAUAAAAGAAUAGAAAUUGUGAACGCGUGAUACAAAUUAAAAGGUGUUAGCGCCACAAUUGGUAAGAAUUUUCAUCGUCGGCGGGUUAAAUUGUAUCGUCGGUGCGCUUGUUAUUGCAUAUGCGCGUGCGCGCAUUUCGGUGAGGGAAUUGCGCGUGUGCGCAACGAUGACCGCGACUUAUGCGAAUGGAACGACAUCGUCGGCGGCGGCGAGUGUGAACUGUUCCGAGGAACGCAAAACUACUACGUGGAUGUUCGAAGAAACGCGCGGAGAUAAAAGUUCGGUAACGGCCGCGAGGGUGAGCCACGAAGAAAGGGUAGUUGGUGCUAAAGUGGUGGUAGAGGUGGAGGAGGAGGGUGUUGCUGUUGCACAGCUGGAUGAAUUCUUGAGGACAAUGAAGAACGAUAUCGAACGAGAUAAUAACUCGAUAACUACGAUCGAUUCUCAUUAUCCUCCUAAUCGGAUACAAUCCGAUGUAUCGUCUGAAUUAAUUGUCGAAACAGAGGGUGGAAAAGAUCAAGAUAAUAAUAUUAAAUAUAACGAAGAAUCUUUGUUUAAUUGUCUGGAGAACGCCGAACAGAUUAUAUCUAUUUCGGCCGCAGAUUUAGCCGAAAGAAAAUGUUCGAACGAAAGGGAUCUAUCUUCGCAAUGCAAAGAUUCUUCUUCUUCUAAUCGGAUUAAUUUGCACGAUAAAUCGAUCGGAAUCGAUGAUGGAUCAUCAUCAUUAUCAUCAUCGUCAUCAUCCUUAGAAAAUUUACGAAGAUCCAUCGAGAAGGAUUUGACGAUCGUUGAAGAUAUCGAAAGUUACAACUCCAAAGGGGUCGUACGUACCUAUGGUACCUUGGAAAUUAUCGAUAAUACUACUAUUGUAGAGGAAAAAAAAGAAAAAGAAGAAAAAGAAAAAGAAAUACUUCAUAUUAAUGAUCAAUCAUAUGAUCCAGAAACUGAACUAGAUUUUUACGAGGCCGUACGGGCAGGCGAUGCGAAGUGUGUCGCGACACUUCUUGCAACUGGUCGAGUCCAGAAUCUUGACGAACCGGAUUGGAACAUCUCCGGUGAUCCUCCCCUGCUGGUUGCUGCAACAAAUCAUUGUCUAUCUGUAGUUAAUUUAUUAUUAGCCAACGGAUGCGAUCCAGGCGUCCGUUCUCCUCGCGGAGAAACUGCAUUACACAGAGUCAUACUCAACGGAGGACCAGGGAACGUUUUAAAUUUUGUGGGAGAGCUUUUAAAAUAUGGUUGCCCUGCGGGAGUUAAAGAAGCCGGGGGUGGAUUAACGGCAUUGCAUGUUUUAACGAGACAACUGGCCCAUGCCCAAAGUUCCAAAAGCCUCCAUCAUGAUUAUGAAGCGGCCCUUAAGACGCUCGAUUUAUUGGCAAAAGCGGGACCAGUUAAUGCAAAAGAUCAUCAAGGUCGGAGCGCGUUACAUAUUUUGGCGUCCUCUACAGUAUUCGAUAAUAAUCACAGAACAGAGAUAGAAGCGUUGAUAGAGACUUUAUUGGCGGCAGGAGCGAAUCCUGCUUUGAAAAAUGAUCGUGGAGAAAGCCCGUUACACGAGUGCCUCGAGUGUGGUGCCUUGAACACUGCACUUUUGUUGAUACCACACACGCCACCCGGUAUAAUGUCACGUUACGGCGAAACACCGUUGCAUAUCGCCUCGAGAAAGAACUAUGUUGAUAUGGUAGCUAAACUGUUAGAACACGAGGAGGAUCCUAGCGUGCAAGACGCUGGCGGCAAUACACCCUUACAUCUUGCUUCUGCUAGAGGCUUUCAUCAGACAGUUUCUCUCUUAGUUACGUCGCCUCUCGCACAAUUGGAAAAGAAAAAUCUAGAUGGUCUAACGGCACUACAAGUUGCUGCCGAAAGUGGUUUCGUCAACGCAGUCAAACUUCUUCUUAAGGCUGGAGCUGACCCAACCCAAACAAUACACUAUUGUUCAACAACUCUGCAUCGUCAUCCAGAUAUUUCAAUUUUAAUAGAUCAUGAAUUAACGAGACGUCGUCAACUUGCUGCUUGAUCAUCCAUACGAUUGAUGAUAAAACCUUCAAGGUUUUUUUAUUUGACUUGUUUUAACAUUCAUUCUGAAUGUAUCUGAUUAUUUAACAAUUGGUGCCAUCAUUUGUUGAUGAAUGUUUUAUUAAUAACUGUUGGCGUUUUAUUAUAUUAUUUCAAAUCUUAUUGACAAUAUCACAAUGUUUUAAAACUGAUGUGUAAACCAAUAGCAUAACGAAUUUUAUUAAAACAACAUGAUUCAUUUUUUAUUAAACUAUGUGCAUAAAAAUUUCGUAAUGACAUUGAAUUACUGGAUAAUAAAAAGAUUUAAUUUUUUUUAUUCAAUU